AUGGAAGAAAAUUUCGAUCCGAACAAUGAAAACAAAAAUUUCGAUCCGAAUAAUGAAACCAAUGUUGUUUAUUCAUCUAAUAAUACUGAUAAAGAUCAUACUUCUCUAACUGGCAUGUCCAAUUCGGUUACAUUUCAAGAAAGUAUUACCAGAACAAGUGAUGAAAAUAUAGUGACAAGUGAUGAAAGUAUUACCAAGACAAGUGAUGAAAGUAUUACCAGGACAAGUGAUGAAAGUAUUACCAGGACAAGUGAUGAAAGUAUUACCAGGACAAGUGAUGAAA